GCCCUUCUGGGAGAGAUGAGAUGCCCUGUCACCCCUCCUGCCACCGUCACUGCCGGCAGUGCUCCUGCAGUUGCCAUGGCAACCCAGCCAGAGAAGAGCACCUCCGAGCAUCGCUGCCGUAUCUGCCAAAGGUCGUUUCCAGGGCAACAGGAGCUGCUGGUUCACUUCCAGGGUCAUCGCCAAGGCAACCAGUACAGAUGCGACCGUUGCGGCCACCUGACGCGGACAGCCAAUAAGCUGGUGGAGCACGUGCGCGUUCACACGGGGGAGCGGCCUUUCACCUGCAGCCUGUGCCCCUACAGCGCCAAGAGACGGGACAGUCUGCGUCUGCACUGCAAGGUCAAACACCCCGCACACGUCCACGGCAACGCCACGGACACGCCCACCGACGUGCACACGCACCGCUCAUACAUGCAUGGAGACAAUCAGCGUGUGCACAAACAUGGGACGGUUCAGCGUCUGCACACAAACACACACACCGCUGCUGCGCCCCCCUCCUCCUCCUCCUCCUCUCUUCCUCUUCUUCAUCCCUCGCUCUGUGACCGGGUCGGAUGGAGGGAUUUGUCUCCUCUUCUUCCCAUUACCACUCUCAUUUCUCUGAAACCACGCUCUCCCUCUACCUCCUCCUCCUCUUCGUCUUUGUCGUCUUCCUCCAAACACUCUUUUCUGGGUUAUCUUGGUUUGACGACAUCUUUCUAAACAUCUUUUUU